GAUGCUCAGGUUCGAAUCCUCUUCAGGAACUUUAUUUACUUUUCUUUUCUUUUUCAUCUUCAACUCAAACCCUAGCUCUUCUCCGACGUCGUUUACAGAUCUCCGUCGACUAAUUUCUCACAUUGUUUCAUCAUUCAGUAUUUUAAUAUCAGAUCUGCAUCGAAAUCUAUCUUAUAAUAUUAUUCAAUUUUACAGCCGAAAUUCAUCCCCAAACCACCGGUUCAGAGGAGACGAACUCUUGUCUUGCCUAAAAGGGACAGAGGCAGCAGGUGUGGUGACAGCCGUUGGGACAGGGGUGUGUGAUUUGAAAAUUGGGGAUGUUGUUUAUCAUCAUUUCGGGAGUCAGGUAGAACAAGGACACAAGGUGUUGGUUCAUGCAGCAGCAGGCGGGGUUGGUUCUGUGUUUUGCCAAGUGGGCAAAUAUGCUUGGUGCCACUGUCAUUGGAACUGUAUCAACCAAAUAGAAGGCUUUGCAAGCAAAUGAAGAUGGAUGUCAUCAUGUUAUUAUCUACAAAGAAGAGGAUAUUAUUACCCGUGUUGCUGAGAUGGUGAAGGAGUUGAUGUUGUGUUCGAUUCUGUGGGAGAGAAAAAUAACAAUUCUAAUGAUAUAUUGGCCAUAGAACCAGCCCUCCAGGGGAUGCGAUUAGUGUAUGAGGAGAAUUGGUAGGUUGAGCGGGUCGGGUAUUGGGCCAACACGGGUGUGGUUGAAACGUGUCGUUUUAAGCACUAGUAAAGUUGCCUUAGCCCUCAGAAAUUGUUUUGUUGUUUUUCAUAAACAGGUUUAUAAACAAUACAUUCAUUUAGUAUGAUUUGAAAACAAUGGUACAUAAUAUUACCCUAAAGCAUUACAUAUUUAGGUGGUUGUAUGCAUCUCUAGACUUUGGUGACUUUAAAGUUUCAAGCUGUUUGACUCGUUAUCUUUUAGCCGAACCUUCUUAAUUUGACCCGUUGUGAGAUGAA